CAGCGCUCUCUCUCUCAGCAUCUUUCCUGGGUCCCCCCCAACCCCCGCCCUUGCUGAGCGGCAGAAAAGGGUGGGGCCGCCUCUCUGCAGCAGAGGCGGCGGCGGCAGCGGCUGCAGCAUCAUCCGAGGCAGCAGUGGAGACGGCGGUGCUCCGUCUGCGCUAGAGGUGAUCGCCUCCAGGCCCUGCUGGGUGACCGGCUGCUACUGGACACCAGCGGAAAGGAGAAUAAAGCCCGGUCUGUGGAGCCUGCAGACACACGGCCCAGCACUUCCUCUGCGCCAUGGCUUAAGCCCGCAGUCACCUCGCUUCGCGUCGCCUCGCUCCAUCGGGGUCUGCGCGCCGCCGCAGCCGCAGGGAGGGGCGCGUCCCAGACGCCCUAGCCGGGGACUCCGGGACGCCGGGUAGCUGGCCCUUCGGCGCCCGCAGCAGCUGCGCUCCCGAAGGCGUUUGCAGCCGGUAAUCGAGGCACUUUACAGACUUUAUCUUAGCUAUAGCUCUCCCCGGGUGCUCUCUGAAGAGGAGGGUGAGGUAGUAGGCUGAUUUGGAGAGAAAGCGGUGGGACCCACAUUGGUGGGUAGGGGCCGGGGACCGAAGGAAGAUUAGAGACUUGCUUUAAAGACACAAAAAGAAAGAGGGCCAGUUUUGCAUCUAGCAUCAUGGCGUGGCCGUGCAUCACUCGGGCCUGCUGCAUCGCCCGUUUCUGGAACCAGUUGGACAAGGCGGACAUUGCGGUGCCACUGGUUUUCACCAAGUACUCGGAGGCCACCGAGCACCCGGUCGCCCCACCGCAGCCGCCACCGCCUCAACAGCAGCAGUCUCAGCCCCCCUCGGCGCGCGCGGUCGCCAUAGAGACGCAGCCGGCCCUGGGCGAGUUGGAUGCAGUUGCCCGGGCAACAGGGCCGGCGCCCGGGCCUAGCGGCGACCGCGAGGCGGCGGCGGCCUCCGCCCGGAGUGGGCCGGGCCCGGGCGCGGGUUCCGGCUCCACCUCCGGGGCAGGCCCCGCGGACUCGGUGAUGCGGCAGGACUACCGCGCCUGGAAAGUGCAGCGGCCCGAGCCUAGCUGCCGGCCGCGCAGCGAGUACCAGCCGUCGGACGCGCCCUUUGAGCGGGAGACCCAGUACCAGAAGGACUUCCGCGCCUGGCCGCUGCCGCGCCGCGGGGACCACCCGUGGAUCCCCAAGCCUGUGCAGAUCCCCACGUCCUCUCAGGCUACCGCGCCUAUUCUAGGAGCGCCCAAACGCCGGCCGCAGAGCCAGGAGCGUUGGCCGGUGCCCGCCGCCGCCGAAGCAAUGGAGCAGGAGGCCCCUGGAGGAGCCGGUGUCCUGGCAGCCGGAAAGGCGUCGGGUGCCGACGAGAGAGACACCCGCAGGAAGGCCGGGCCGGCCUGGAUGGUGCGUCGCACCGAAGGGCACGAUCAGAUGUCGGGGCCCGCCGUCCAAAGCCAGGCAGAAGAGGGUGGCCCGGCGGCUGGGAAAGCGUCCGGUGCAGACGAGCGUGACACACGCAGGAGGGCCGGGCCCGCCUGGAUGGUGCGUCGCUCUGAGGGGCAGGAGCAGACGCCGCCGUCCGAGGCCCAGGCCCAGGCCCAAGCCCAAGCCCAGGCCGGAGCGGCUGGAAAGGCGUCCGGUGCAGACGAGCGCGACACUCGCAGGAAGGCGGGGCCCGCCUGGAUGGUGAGACGCUCUGAGGGGCACGAGCAGACGCCGCAGUCUGAGGCCCAAGCCCAGGCACAGGCACAGGCUCAGGCACAGGCCGGAGCUGGUGGCCCCGCGGCUGGAAAGGCGUCCGGGGCUGAUGAGCGCGAUACUCGCAGAAAGGCGGGGCCCGCUUGGAUGGUGCGUCGCACCGAAGGGCAUGAUCAGAUGGCUGUGCCGGCUGCUCAGGUCCAGGCCGAAGAGGGUGGCCCGGCGGCUGGAAAGGCGUCGGGUGCAGACGAGCGUGACACACGCAGGAGGGCAGGGCCCGCCUGGAUGGUGCGUCGUUCUGAGGGGCACGAGCAGACGCCGCUGCCCACUGCCCAGGCCACUGGCCCGGAGGGUGGCAAGGGGCGCGCAGCUGCAGACGCCCUCAACAGGCAAAUCCGCGAGGAGGUGACCAGUGCAGUGAGCAGCUCCUACAGGAAUGAAUUCAGAGCAUGGACAGACAUCAAGCCUGUGAAACCAAUAAAAGCCAAGCCUCAGUACAAGCCCCCAGAUGACAAGAUGGCUCAUGAAACCAGCUACAGUGCCCAGUUCAAAGGGGAGGUCAAUAAGCCUACAGCAGCUGAUAAUAAGGUCAUUGAUCGCAGAAGAAUACGCAGCCUCUAUAGCGAACCUUUCAAGGAACCCCCAAAGGUGGAGAAACCUAGUGUUCAGAGUUCCAAACCAAAAAAGACCUCAGUGAGCCAUAAGCCCCCGAGGAAGGCCAAAGACAAGCAGGUGGUGUCGGGUCAGGCUGCCAAGAAAAAGAGCACAGAGGGUCCCAGUGCCACCAAGCCCGACGACAAGGAGCAAAGCAAAGAGAUGAACAAUAAACUGGCUGAGGCUAAAGAGAGCCCAGUCCAACCUGCUGGAGAGACACGUAAGAAUCAAGGUCCUGUAGCCACAGAGGCAGACAAGGAUCAGUGCCCUGGGGUCCCAGGGCUUCUGAAAGAUCAAGGCCCUGUGGUCCAAGAGCCUCCAAAGGAGCAAGGUCCCGUGGUCCCAGGACCUCCAAAGGAGCAAGGUCCCGUGGUCCCAGGACCUCCAAAGGAGCAAGGUCCCGUGGUCCCAGGACCUCCAAAGGAGCAAGGUCCCGUGGUUCCAGGACCUCCAAAGGAGCAAGGUCCUGUGGUUCCAGGGACCCUGAAAGAUCAAAGUCCUGUGGUCCCAGAACCUCCAAAGGAUCUAGGUUCCAUGGUCCCAGAACCAGUCAAGGAUCAAGAUCACAGAGUCUCUGUACCUUUAAAGAAUGAAGGUUCCAUGAUUUCAGCACCAGCCAAAGAUCAAGGUCCCUUGGUCCCAGAGCCUGAAAAGAAUCAAAGUCCUAUGGUUUCAGCUAGAGUUUUAGAUCAUGGUUCCAUGGUACCAGCAUCUCUGAAGGAUCAAAGUCCUGUGGUCCCUGAACUUGGGAAAAAUCAAAGUCCUGUGGUCCCACCACCUGCUAAGGAUCAAGGUCCCACGGUCCCAGAGCAUCAGAAGGAUCAAAGUGCCAUGGUCAUAGCACCUAUAAAGAGUGAAGAUCCCAUGGUCUCUGGGCCUGGAAAGGAUCAAGGUUUAGUGGUCCCAGAGCCAGUCAAGGGUCAAGAUGUAGUGGCCACUGAGCAUCUGAAGGAUCAUGAUUCUGUGGUUAUGUUACCUGUAAAGAAUCAAGGCCCUGUGUUCCAUGAGCCAGUGAAGAACCAAGACCCCAUUAUCCCAGCACUAGCCAAGGAUCAAGGUCCUAUCGUCUCAGAGUCUCCAAAGAAUCAAAUUCCCACCGUCACUGAGCCUGUGAAGAAGCAAAUUCCUAUAAUCCCGGUGCCUCUGAAGGAUCAAGAUCCUCUGGUGCCAGCACCAGCAAAGGACCAAGGUCCUAUGGUUCCUGAACCUCUGAAGACUCAAGGCCCCAGGGGCCCUCAGCUGCCCACUGUCUCACCUCCACCCCCAGUCAUGAUCCCAACUGUCCCUCAUGCAGAAUAUAUCGAAGGGUCCCCUUGACGCCCACCCCUUGAUAUGCCAUCGAAGGAGUUGGCAGUGGAAGUGCUCCUCCCCCAGGGGCAGCAAAGACACAGUUAAUCUGCAUGAAACAUGUGCUGUAUAGUCUUGCUGGAAUCUAAUAAAACUGGU